AUGCCUUAUGUAUUAUCGCAAGAUAACGAUGAACAAGACCGUUUGGUUGCACAGCAUUAUCUUUUACGAACUGCCUUUGGAUCUGACUUCAAGUCACCUGUCAAAUCCCAACUUCAGAAAGGAAUAAUCGUGUUAGACAUUGGCUGUGGUCCAGGCACCUGGACCAUGGAAAUGAGCACUGCUUUUCCUAAAUCCACUUUCAUCGGUGUUGACCAGCACGCCUAUUUUCCAAAAGAUAUCAAGCCUCGCAAUUGCCAUUUCCGGACAUGUGCAUCACUCGCCAAACUUUUAGUAUUACCUUUCCCCGAUAACAGUAUUGACUACAUAUAUCAGCGUGACAUGAAUUGGGCUUUGAUGGGUCAAACAUGGCAGCCCCUUUUAUUGGAAUGCUUGCGUGUCUUGAAGCCAGGCGGUUGGAUAGAAUUCGUUGAACCCGAUCUUGAAACUCAAAAUAGUCUUGAAAGUGAAUACCUCAUGAACGAUCAAUUGAUCACGGGCUUAACAUUGCGUCAACAAGACCCUUAUGCCGCUCAUCGAUUGCCCACAAUGCUUGCGAUCAAUGGCUUUUGUCACGUUGAAGAUUUUGGUGAAAGUUUGCCCUUGGGCUGGGGCUUUUCGCACAGUGCACCUGCUUCCAAGACAAACACAUCGGAAAAGUGUACGAAGCAACAAAAAGGAAGCACUACUUGUUCUGAAUUUGCACGUGCUGUGUCGAGUCAAUAUCUCUUCUUCUUAAAGUCCUUAAAACCCUGGUUAUCAACGGUUAUGAACCUUGGUUCCGAUGAAUACGACAAUCACAUCAAUAGCCUGCCCGAAGAAUGGAAGCGUGCCAAGACAUAUAUCAAUUGGCAUACCAUCAUCGCUCAGAAACCUUACAUGUAA